UGGGGGUAUUUACUUUUAAUCUUUUUAUGUGUGCUCCGUUCACCUUGUGUGGUAGGGUGUGGAAGGCGGGGGAGGGGGGUUUCCAAAUCGAGUGAAAUUCCCAUUCCACGGGUAUUACCAUGCCUAUGAAGCUGGCAGUUCUCGAAGUUUAGCAAAUCUGCAAAUAACUACAAAACACAAUAGAGCAUCCCCUCCCUUCCUCUCUCUCUCUCUCUGUUUUCUUUUCCUGCUUCCAAACGCCUUCUUGGAGGCUGAGGGUGAGCUUGGGCAGGUCUCCAAAGGUGCAGCAGGCACAACAAUCCUGCAGUUCAAAGUUAAGCACCAGUUGCACAACUUUAGCAGCUGUCUUAGCUGGCUACUAAGGAGCUGAAAGCAAGGGACGUCCGAGGGAGUGAAGAGCCAAGUUUCCAGCCCACCGUCAAAUCCAAAUACCCUCAACCUCACCUCCACCCCCACCACCGGAAACUUUACAGUCCUGUAACUCGCCCGCAUAGCAGGCCAUGGCUCCCUUUGGAAGAAACUUGCUAAAGACUCGGCAUAAAAACAGAUCUCCAACUAAAGACAUGGAUUCAGAAGAGAAGGAAAUUGUGGUUUGGGUUUGCCAAGAAGAAAAGAUUGUCUGUGGGUUAACUAAACAUACCACCUCUGCUGAUGUCAUCCAGGCUUUGCUUGAGGAACACAAGACUACGUUUGGAGAGAAACGGUUUCUUCUGGGGAAGCCCAGUGAUUACUGUAUCAUAGAAAAGUGGCGAGGCUCAGAACGGGUUCUUCCUCCACUAACUAGAAUCCUGAAGCUUUGGAAAGCCUGGGGAGAUGAGCAGCCCAAUAUGCAAUUUGUUUUGGUUAAGGCAGAUGCUUUUCUUCCAGUUCCUCUGUGGCGGACAGCUGAAGCUAAAUUAGUGCAAAACGCAGAAAAACAGAGGGAACUCAGCCCAGCAAAUUACCUGAAGACAUUACCGCCGAAUAAACAAAAAAGAAUAGUCAGAAAAACCUUCAGGAAACUGGCUAAAAUUAAGCAAGACAUGGUUUCCCAAGAUCGAGAUAACAUGGAGACAUUAGUUCAUCUGAUCAUUUCCCAGGAUCAUACUAUUCAUCAGCAAGUCAAGAGAAUGAAAGAGCUGGAUCUAGAAAUUGAAAAGUGUGAAGCUAAGUUCCACCUUGACUGGAUAGAAAAUGAUGGAGAAAAUUAUGUCCAGGAUGCAUAUUUAAUGCCCAGUUUCAAUGAUGUUGAACAAAAACUAGACUUGCAGUAUGAUGAAAGCGAGACACUGGAGGACCUGAACAAAAGCGAUGGAAUCAUACAACUGGAAGAACGACUAAAAUAUUACAGAAUGCUCAUUGAUAAGCUCUCCACUGAAAUAGAAAAAGAGGUGAGAAGUGUUUGCAUUGAGAUAAAUGAAGAUGCAGAAGGGGCAACUGCAGCUGAACUGGAAUGCUCAAAUUUAGAAAGUGUUAAGUGCGAUUUGGAGAAAAGCAUGAAAGCUGGUUUGAAAAUCCACUCUCACUUGAGUGGCAUCCAGAAAGAGAUUAAAUACAGUGACUCAUUGCUUCAAAUGAAAGCAAAAGAAUAUGAGCUCCUGGCCGAGGAAUUCAAUUUGCUUCAUGUUAGCAACAAAGAUGGAUGCCAGCUAAAGGAAAACAGAGGGAAGGAAUCCGAAGUUCCUAACAGCAGUGAAAAUGUCCCUCCAUUUACUCAAAGGGUAUUUAACAUGUAUACAAAUGACACAGACUCAGACACCGGGAUCAGCUCUAACCACAGUCAGGACUCAGAGACAACUGUAGGGGAUGUGGUGCUGUUGUCAACAUAAUGUCAAUGGCUUCUUGCUGACCAACCUUAAUGUUGUUAAUGUCUGUUUAAUUUUAAAUAUUACCUCUUGAAAAAAUGUAAGUCAUGUUACUCAGUAGUUAAUAAAAAUCAGUAAAAUAUGUAACAUUUGUUUUUUUUAUGUAACAUUUCCAGUAUGACUUUAUUACAAGCUCAAACUAUAAACUAUUAGCAAUGCAGUACAAAGAACAUGUAGGCAUAUAACAGAAAUAAUUUGAUGGGAAUUGUAUUAUAAUUUCUCAUACUGUC